UUAACUUUUUAUUAUUUAUUCAGAUGUUUCAAGAAAAUUUAAUAAACUCGAGUGAAUACUGGAUUUUGAUCAGUUAGAUCAAUUGAUACAUUAUUUGUGAGCGUGUUACAUUUUUACAUCGCAUAUAAAACCAUAAGUGACAUUAAUUGUGCUUGCGUUAACAAAAAUACAUGUACAACACGUUUUUAUGUAAUUUUACGUUAUUUUAAAAUAAUUAACAAGAUUUCAUAUUUUAGUAUUAAUAGUUAUAAAAAAGAAAAAGUAUCAAAAUGCCUUCGCUCUGCUCUACAAAGUGUGGAAAAAAUGCGAUUUUAAAGAGACCAAAAACUGGCGAUACAUUAUGUAAGGAAUGCUUUUUCUUGGCGUUUGAGACCGAGAUUCACGAUACUAUUAUAAAUGGUAAAUUGUUCAAACCUGGUGACAAGGUUGCCAUUGGAGCAUCAGGUGGAAAGGAUUCCACUGUACUAGCAUAUGUUUUGAAGACUUUGAAUGAAAGAUACAAAUAUGGAUUGGAUUUGUUUCUUUUAUCUGUCGAUGAAGGAAUCACUGGAUACAGAGAUGAUAGCUUAAAGACUGUAGUACAGAAUAGAGAUGAUUAUGGCAUUCCACUUAAAAUCUUAUCAUAUAAGGAACUGUAUGGAUGGACAAUGGAUUCUAUAGUUGCAGAGAUCGGUCGUAAAAAUAAUUGCACAGUUUGCGGUGUUUUCCGAAGACAGGCAUUGGAUAGAGGAGCAGCAAUUUUGAAGGUGGAUUGCAUUGCAACGGGUCAUAAUGCGGACGAUAUCGCUGAAACAAUAUUAAUGAAUAUCUUGAGAGGCGAUAUUGCCCGAUUACAUAGAUGUACAUCUGUUAUUACUACUGGAGGUGCAGAUUCCAUUAUGCGUUGUAAACCACUGAAAUAUGCAUAUGAAAAAGAGAUUGUCAUGUAUGCAUAUUUUAAAAAACUUGUAUACUUUUCCACAGAAUGCAUAUAUGCUCCAAAUGCUUACAGAGGUUAUGCACGAGCCUUUUUAAAAGAUUUAGAGAAAAUAAGACCUUCAUCUAUCAUAGACAUAAUACAUUCGGGUGAACAGUUACAAGUAAAUGAUAAUGUGAAAAUGCCAGAGAGAAGAAAUUGUGUCCGAUGUGGAUUUGUUUCGAGUCAAGAAACAUGUAAAGCUUGUGUUCUUUUGGAAGGUUUGAAUAGAGGACAACCAAAACUCGGUAUUGGCAAAUCUAAUAAAGCUAAAAAAAUAAUGAUGCAUAUAGAUGAAAACAAACAAAGCUUAUUAUAGACAAAAACAAGCAAAGUGUAGAUUGUUAAGAUUUUUAUGUAUCUGAAUAUGUAACAUGUGUACACACAAAAUAUAUUUUUAUAAAAAUGUAUCUUUUGCAUACACAUUUUUUCACUUGCUAUUUGAAAAAAACAUUCUGUGCUGUAUUUAAAAAUCUAAUAAAUUUUCAAAACAUAGUUGAAUUGCUACAAAGUAGAAUUGCUAAUUGGUGAAUAAAAUAAAAAUAAUUUAUAUUUUUGAUGUUCGCACAAUAUGUUAAUAUAUUGUACAUUAAAAAAGAACAGUUCUGUAAUCUUGUGCUCUUAAUAAUUAUUGUAAUUGGAUGUACGUGUGUUAUAUAUUGUUUUUAGAAAUUAGGUUUUCAUUUGUAAAUAAUAAAACUAUAUACAUCUGUGUAUGUGACAAAUAAAGGAAACGGAAUUAUAUGUAA